AAAGGAGGUUUGGAUCCCAGUGUGGUGGCCAAGUCCAUUCUAGAAGGAGUAAAGGAAGGUAUACAAGGAGCGAAUCUUCGACAUCUCAAAAAUAUUCGCAUCAUACUGCUUAAGAUUAACGUUUUCCUGGAGUUCAAAAGCGUGGCACUCCAAAUCUUUGGUGUUAGUACACUGUUGACAGCUCCUGCACCACUGGUACCUAUCAGUGCAACCUCCAGAGUGCGCAGUGCAACCACUAGCAGACACAGGGCUUCGACUAGAUUGAGUAGCUCAUAUUCCAUACUGGACAAUAUUGACUUACUUUCUUUAACAUCUUUGCCUGACACAGUGAGCAGAGCAGCAUUUCUAAUCAUUGGUUACACCGAUAACGAUGUGUCUGAUGCCUGCAAAGAACUUCAGCGAGUGUAUGACAGUCAGUGCUUUGCACACACUUUCUUUUCUGAUGAGAUUGAACGCCUCACUCAGGAUGAGAUGGGCCAGCUGCUCUCUAAAGUGAAUUCACUGCACCUGCAGUUAGAUAUGAGUAACUCUGAUAGAUGGGUAGUGAAAGGCCUGAAAGAUGGAGUAAAUGAGGUCGUUAGACUGAUACAAGAUGCACUUCGCAGACAGGUAAGGGAAAAGGAAGAGGCACACCUCUUUUCUCAUGUGACAUGGUGCAUUCUGGGACCACGGGGCAUUUGGCAGAAGGUACCACAAGAUGUGAAUUAUAAGCUGGAGAAAGGAGGUGUGAAAGAUUAUAUUGUGGAUGCACAGGGUGUAAAAUGGACUGUGAAUUUCCAAAAGAUGGAGGCCACAGCAUGUGAUUCAGGACAAGUGACCACUCUCAAGCGUCUGGAGAACCUCUUAGAUUUUGCUUUGCCAAUCUACUGGGACAACAUGAGUGAAAGUGACACCUUAAAGGUGAUUGACUUAGAUCCGUCAUCCACAGAGUACCAGACCGUGAAGGCAGAGUUCAAGAGGACAGUCACAAAAACAGUGCUGAAGAUUGAGCGGAUCCAGAACAUUAAUCUUCGGCGGUUAUACGAGGUGCGUAAAAAAGAGCUGGAGAACAAAAAUGGCCCCAUGGGAGCAGCAGAAAAGAAACUUUAUCAUGGGACAUCAGAGGCGUCCUGCUCAGCCAUCAUGAAGACAAACUUUAAUCGCAGUCUUGCUGGGCAAAAUGCCACUUACUUUGGUCAUGGGACGUACUUCGCUGUGAACGCUAGCUACUCUGCCAAUCCAACCUACGCGGUUCCUGCAGAAGACGGGACUCAGGUCAUGUUUGUGGCUCGUGUGCUUACAGGUUACCACACUCAGGGUCAGGCAGACAUGAAGACGCCCCCUGUUCGUGUGGCACCUGACCACCUCUAUGACAGCGUGGUGAAUAAUAUGCAUAAUCCCUCCAUGUUUGUGGUUUUCCACGACUGCCAGGCUUAUCCAGACUACCUCAUCACAUUCAAAUGAACUUUAGCAAACACCAAGACUGGCUUGAGAUCUAGAUGAUUUUCAAACAGCUAUUAGUUAAAUAGUUGAUUUUACAUUUAAAUGUAAUCAUUUAGGUAUAUGCCUGAAGUCGAAGAAAAUGACACAUUCUACAGAGCCACUAAAAAGAUGGUGAUGGAAAAAAUUUGAGAUAGGAAGAAAAAUAUAUAUUUAAAUGAUUUUAUGAUCUCUUAAUAUCACAUAGUUGGGUAAUUAUUUGUAUAUAUUUUGUGGGCAUCAGGGAGCCAUGUUUUCAAAUCACUGUUAAAUGUGCGGUCUCAUUUUACUUUCACUUUCAAAUUCACGGUCACGCAUACUCUGUGUAUGCUGAUUUUACAAUAUAGAAUAGCCUUAAAUAUAAAAAUGUGAUGUUCAGUGUUGGGGGUAACGCAUUACAAGUAACGCAAGUUACGAAAUAUUUUUACUUUUUUCAAGUAACUAGUAAAGUAACGCAUUACUUUUAAUUUUCUAAGAAAAUAUCUCAGUUACUUUUUCAAAUAAGUAACGCCAGUUACUUUUUUCCCCAUUUAUUAAUUCACAAGUCUCCUGUCAGGAAAUUUGAUUAAACAUGAUGUUACUGUAUUCUAGACUAAAUGUGAACAUGCAUUAAUUCAUCUCACUCACAAAAAAAUAUAUUCAGUAUUCUUCAAAAUGAGUAAAAACAGUGAAAUGCAAACUCAGAAUAUGACGCAACCCUGCAAUAAUUAAAUAUGUUAAAUAAAACAAAUAUCCUUUAUGUAUUUAAUCCCAUUUUAUUAACCAGUGUCUUUGCUGCUGACUUUUGAUGAUUCAAUUCUACCAUACUAAUAAGCAAAAAUUGCUUUAGAUAAACUAACAUUUGUGCUUCAUUUUUUUUAUAGCUGAAGAGUGAUAUUCUCCUGCAUAAAUGUACUUUUCUUUUAGCUUGAGGUGAAUUCAUUUCACUUUCAGUAUAAAAGGGCUUUUACAUUAAAAUUCUUUUAUAUUAAAACAAAGAAGCAAGCCCCGCCCAGAUUUAAAAAGUAACGCAAAAGUAACGUAACGCAUUACUUUCCAUAAAAAGUAAUGUAAUGUACUUUUUCAAGAAAUAAUGCAAAAUUGUAAUGCAUUACUUUUAAAAGUAACUUUCUCCAACACUGGUGAUGUUCACACAGGCAUUGACAUUCUGCCUUUUUACUG